AUGGAUCAAUUGAGCGCGGGCGACCGUCACCAGAUCCUGAGACUGGAAUCGAGAAUGGAAGAGCAGCCUGAUGCACAGGCGGUCGAUGCAUGGGACGGAGAAUGGACAUAUGACGAACUUGACCAGCAUUCCUCCGCUCUCAGUCAGGUCUUGAUCCGCUCGGGAGUGAUGGUCGGGGACUUCGUAGCCCUCUGCUUUGAUAAGUCCAAAUGGACUUCGGUGGCUGUUUUGGGUGUUCUGAAGGCCGGAGGGGCUUUUGUGUUCCUCGAUCCAAGGCAUCCAGUGGAGCGACUGCGGCAGAUGUGUAGGACAGUGAAUGCAAAAUUGCUGCUGGCCAGUUUGUCCCAAAGGCACCUCGCGCAAAGGGUGUGCCCGGAUCUGACGACUCAGAUUCUCAACGAGGGACUCUUAGCAACUACCAACCUUGGGGAAACCUCGCUCAAUGUCAAGGUUCAGCCACACCAUCCUGCCUAUGCAGCAUUUACCUCCGGCUCAACGGGCAUCCCGAAAGGUGCAGUGCUCCGCCACGACGCUCUUGUGACAUCAACUCAACUUUCAAAGGAGGGCCACAAUCUGAACCGCAAGUCAAGGAUCUUGAAUUUUGCUGCAUUUGCCUUCGAUGUUAAUAUUUACGAGCACUUUUGGGUCCUGUUACUCGGUGGUUGCCUAUGCAUUCCCUCGGAAGACGAGCGGCUAGGCGAUCUCGAGAGGGUCAUCAAACAAAGACGAGUGAAUUGGGCAGCUAUCACGCCAACUUUGGCUCGUCAGCUUGAGCCCGAACGACUUCCAAGCUUGAAGUCUUUGGUCCUUCUCGGAGAGCCCAUGACACAGAAGGACAUCGACAUUUGGUCUCCACAUGUAAAGCUCAUCAACAGCUAUGGUCCUGCUGAAUGUUCAAUCGUGGUCACAACUCAGACAAUGGGGCCAUCUGUUGGAGUAGGAACCAUCGGUCGCAGUGACGUAGUGACCUGUUGGGUGGUCGACGAAUCAGAUCCACAGCAAUUAGCUCCAAUUGGCAAGGCGGGAGAGUUGGUAUUGGAAGGCCCAGCAGUCAGCUCAGGAUACAUGAAUAGCCCUGAGCAGACGGACAGAGCAUUCAUGACGAACCCUGCGUGGCUUCCGCUCUCGCGGUAUUCAAGUCGCAAACUCUAUAAGACAGGGGACAUCGUUCGCUACAAUCCAGAUGGAUCGUUGUGUAUUCUGGGCCGCAAGGACAGACAGCUGAAAAUAAAUGGCCAGAGGCUUGAGGUCUCUGAAAUAGAGCAUCAUCUUCAGAAGGCCCUAAAUGGUGGCGCCCAGCAAGCCAUUGUGGAUGUGGUCACUUUACCUCGUCGCCCGAAGUCACUUAUUGUUUUCAUACAUAUCUCGACUUCGACCUGUGUUACGUCCUCCGGUUUUAUCCAAGAACCUGACAAGCUGUUUUGGAAACAGGUUAGUCACAUUAGAGCGCAUCUACUCGAGCAUCUUCCCGGUUACAUGGUACCUGAGCUAUAUUAUCCCGUUAAUUCUAUUCCACACACUAUGACUGGCAAAAUCGACCGGAAGGCUCUUCGUGAAGAGAUUGAAAGACUAUCCAACGACGAAGCUGGCUUGUAUAUCAACCCUCUGGAAGAGGACAGGGUCCCCGAGGUGCCACGCACUAAGGAGGAGAAGAUCUUACAAAGACUCUGGUCAGAAGCUCUCGGCAUACCUCAGGAUGAAAUUUAUCGAGAGGAUAAUUGGGUGCGUCUAGGUGGAGAUUCUGUCCUAGCAAUGAAUCUGGUACGCAGUGCGAGAGAAGAGGGGUACGCGUUUAGCGUCGCUAAUGUGAUGACCGAACGCACGAUCGCGGCUCUGGCGCAGAUCAACCGCAUCGCUGACGGUCGUGAUGUGCAUGCCGAUGGUGAAACCAACUCUCUCAAACCAUUUUCCCUCCUCACUGCAGAUAAUGAACUGCUUCAUGGGUUGAUCCAGAUCGCUGCCGAUCAAUGCCAGGUAGCCCCAGAGGUCAUCGAGGACAUUUACCCUUGUACGAGGGAGCACUGCACUAUGAUUCCGCGCGAGCCCGGCGAUGUCGACUUUACCCUACGGGUGGAAGCUAGUAUCUCUCCGGAUCUUGAUCUGGAUCGUCUGUCUAAGGCUUGGUCGGCCACCGUCGCAGCCAACCCCAUGCUCCGCUCCCGCGUGGUAGAAUUAUUGCAUGGUCGGUUUUUUUAUGCUGUCUUACAGGAUUCCACACAGUUGGAAUUCAAGAUGACGGAACUGGAUGGCCUGGAUCGACACGAGGGCAGGAUUUGGAAACCAGCAAGACCCUUAGUCUGUAUUGCUGUGAAGGAUGAUCGGUUCGUGAUGCUCAUCCAUCACCUGCUGUAUGAUGGACAUUCAUUGCCAUUAAUCUUCCGGAACAUCGAGCGGGCCUACCAAGGUCAGCCACUCCCAGUCACUCCAUAUCGACCAUUUCGGGGGGCGCUUGCAGAGGCUCAGGACGUGAAGCAACAGUUUUGGAUCGAGCGGUUCAAAGGGUGGAAUGGCGGGUUGUUUCCUGCGGUGAAAGAGGGUACUCGCUCAUCCAAAGAAACCAAAAGUUUAGAGCGUCAGAUGCCCAUUUACACGACGGACUACACUGCCUCUCUCACGCUACACUUUGCCCUGGCAGUUACAAUAUCAUGGUACUUAAAUGAAGCCCAAGACGUUGUUUUUGGGACCACUACAUCCCGGCGAGGGGCCUCCGUUCCAGGCGUGCAGGGAAUUAUCGCUCCAAUGUUCGCCCUCCUACCGAUGAGAGUUCAGCUGGCUUCUUCUGCAACCAUUAGAGAACACUUGAAAGUAUUACAAAAGGAGUCACUUCAGGCGAUGGAACAUGAGUUGGUUGACUCAGGGACGUUUGCCGACUUGGGCGGGGAGUUGGCCACUGCAAUGCAAUACCAGACCAUGCUGGUUGUGCAGCCCGAUACACCGGCCGAUGACAUGAGUCUCUUCCACAACAUCCACAUGCAGUACGCAGAUGGAGUAGCGUUCCCUUUAAAUCUGGGGCUUCAAUGCUUCCUGUCCACUCAUUCCGUGCGACUGGAUAUGCAAAUCAAUGAGCCCACGACUCGGGAUGAAAUAGACUGGGAUCGCUUCGCUGAUCGAUUUUGCACCGCAUUCGGCACCAUACAACAGCAACCUGACUUCGAAUUAAACCGGCUUUUUGAUAGAUUGGCUACAAGAUCUGUCUGUCAGAAUCGCUGA